AUGGCGGCUGCCGAUACAACAGCUGCACCAACAGAAGCUGCCGAUACAACAGCUGCACCACCACCAGCCGCCGACACAACAGCUGCACCAACAACAGAAGCCGCCGACACAACAGCUGCACGAACAAUUGCUGCCGAUGCAACAGCUGCACCAACAGCAGCUGGCGACACAACAGCUGCACCAACAGAAGUUGCAUCGUCAGUUGAAACGUCGUUACCACGGGUAAAUUCGGCUCCACUUCCUGACCCAGUAAGAGACGCUACAGCUGUACCGUCAGGAGUUGCAGAUACAACAGCAGCACCAUCAUCAUCAGCUGACACAACAGCAGCACCGUCAGCAGCAGCCGACACAACAGCUGCACCAACAGAAGCUGCCGAUACAACAGCUGCACCAACACCAGCCGCCGCCGACACAACAGCUGCACCAACAACAGAAGCCGCCGACACAACAGCUGCACCAACAAUUGAUGCCGAUACAACAGCUGCACCAACAGCAGCUGCCGACACAACAGCUGCCCCAACAGAAGCUGCCGAUACAACAGCUGCACCAACAGAAGUUGCCUCGUCAGUUGAAACGUCGUUACCACGGGUAAAUUCGGCUCCACUUCCUGACCCAGUAAGAGACGCUACAGCUGUACCGUCAGGAGUUGCAGAUACAACAGCAACAGCAUCAUCAUCAUCAUCAUCAACUGACACAACAACAGCACCGUCAGCAGCAGCCGACACAACAGCUGCACCAACAGCAGCUGCAGAAACCACUGCUGCAUCAACAGUAGGCCAAAGCGCAGUUAAUGCUCCUGAAUCUAACAUGAUCGACAAACCCUCCGAUAUUGCAGGGGCUCAGCUAAAAACUCAAAAGACUGUGACAUCUGACCAGUCAGUGACAAGUCUUGCAAGUGCUGGGACAGACGGCCUGAACCAUGACGCUGAUAAACCCCUGAGUGCAGAUGUUCCGCAUGUAUCCAAACUAACACCAGAGCUAGCUCGAUUGUUGUUGGCAGCCGGCCUUCAACCCUGUCCUGAGAUGUUUGGUCACACCAAGGCUACUUCAACUCACACAUCAGACGCAUCCGGACAGAUGACUUCGAGUCAACAUACCGUGAAGGGGGCUGCAGUGGCAUCUGGGAUAUCACAGGCUUCAGGACGUCAGACCACUACUGGACAAGCAUCGGGUGUUGCCUCAACAGAAAUUGAAGGUACUACCACUGUCCAAGUAGCCGGUAGAACCUCAACAGGAACAGAACAGACGUCUGGUGCCACGGCAGCAGACCUGGAUGGUACUGCUGUUCAAACAGCCGGAGUUAGUGCUGCAGGAACAGCACACGCUUCUGGUGCUGCAACAGUAGAAGCGGAGGGCACUAGCACAGUCCAUGCAGCAGGCACAGGCUCAACAGGAACGACACAAACAUCAGGCUCCACAACAUCACAGGCUUCUGGGGCUGCAACAAUAGAAGCGGAGGGCACUAGCACAGCACAAGGCGCAGCAGGAACGUUAGCCCAGACUUCCGGUCCAACUACAACAGAAGUGGAAGGCACCAACACAAUCAAAGAAACCGCUACAGAACAGACGUCUGUUGGGACCACAACAGAAACAGAGGGUAUGUCCACAGUCCAAGAAGCCGGUUCAGGCCCAACAGGAACGGCCCCGGCUCCUGCUCUAUCCACAGCCCAAGUCUCUGGUUCCUCUAUUAAUGAAAUGGAGGUUAGUGGUACAGCAGGAACGACACAGGCGUCUGGAACCACCACCACCGCCCACGCUUCUGGUUCCACCACAAAUGAAGUAGAGGGGACCUCCACAGUCCAAGCUGUCGGUACAGACACAGCCGGGACAGCACAAGCAUCAGGUACGACCACAGCACAUGCUGAAGUAACUGGUGCUUCUACAGCUGAACCAGCUGGCGCCCCUACCGUUCAACCAACUGGCGCUUCUACGGCUGAACCAACUGACUCUCCUACGGCUGGGCCAACUGACGCUUCUACGGCUGAACCAACUGGUGCUUCUAUAGCUGAACCAACUGGCGCCCCUACCGUUCAACCAACUGGCGCUUCUACGGCUAAACCAACUGACGCUUCUACGGCUGAACCAACUGGUGCUUCUACAGCUGAACCAGCUGGCGCCCCUACCGUUCAACCAACUGGCGCUUCUACGGCUGAACCAACUGACUCUCCUACGGCUGGACCAACUGACGCUUCUACGGCUGAACCAACUGACGCUUCUACGGCUGAACCAGCUGGCACUUCUACGGCUGGACCAACUGACGCUUCUAUGGCUGGACCAACUGACGCUUCUACGCCUGAACCAACUGACGCUUCUACGGCUGAACCAACUGACACUCCUACCGUUCAACCAACUGGUGCUUCUACAGCUGAACCAGCUGACUCUCCUACGGCUGGGCCAACUGACGCUUCUACGGCUCAAUCAACUGGUGCUUCUACAGCUGAACCAGCUGGCGCCCCUACCGUUCAACCAGCUGGCGCUUCUACGGCUGAACCAACUGACUCUCCUACGACUGGGCCAACUGACGCUUCUACGGCUGAACCAACUGGUGCUUCUAUAGCUGAACCAGCUGGCACUUCUACUGCUGAACCAACUGACGCUUCUACGGCUCAACCAACUGUCGCCCCUACCGUUCAACCAACUGGCGCUCCUACGGCUGAACCAACUGGCGCCCCUACCGUUCAACCAACUGGAGCUUCUACGGCUGAUCCAACUGACGCCCCUACCGUUCAACCAACUGGCGCUUCAACGGCUCACCCAACUGAAGCUUCUACGGCUCAACCAAUUGACGCUUCUACUGCUGAACCAACUGGCGCCCAAACGGCCGAACCUACUGACGCCCAUACGGCUCAGCCAACUGACGCCCAUACGGCCGAACCUACUGGUGCCCAUACCGCUAAACCAACUGUCGCCCAAACGGCUGAACCUACUGACGCCCAUACGGCUGAACCAACUGACGCCCAUACGGCCGAACCUACUGACGCCCAUACAGCUAAACCAACGGUCGCCCAUACGGCUCAACCAACUGUCGCCCAAACGGCUGAACCAACUGAUGCCCAUACGGCUGAACCAACUGACGCCCAUACGGCCGAACCUACUGACGCCCAUACAGCUGAACCCACGGUCGCCCAUACGGCUCAACCAACUGUCGCCCAAACGGCUGAACCAACUGACGCCCAUACGGCUGAACCAACUGACGCCCAUACGGCUGAACCAACUGACGCCCAUACGGCUGAACCAACUGACGCCCAUACGGCCGAACCAACUGACGCCCAUACAGCUGAACCAACUGGUGCUCCAAAGACUGUUCCUACUACCGCUGCCUCUGCACCUCUACCCAAUGAACCCAACAGCAGCGCUGCCUCCUCAACAUCACAGACAUCACAGACUGACCUAAAUCAAGCUGCAGGUCGGUUUCCAAGUUUUCCCAAACUAUCACCUCAGUUGGCACGCUUGUUGCUGGAAGCUGGAUUGAAACCGUGCCAAGAUGAUCCUUUAAAAUCAUCUACAAUACAAGAGACGCGUUCAACAGCAUCAACAACGGUGGACAGCAGUGGGCAUAUGACGUUAAGUCACGACGUUGGCACGACGUCGACGGCACAUCCUGGAUCAGACGUUUCCCAGAAUCUUGAUGCAACUACUCCCGCAAGCCCACUUUCUUCAAAUGAGACUGCUGCUUCUUUAGCAUCUUCAUCAACAACAUCGACGUCUUCUUCAUCUUCAACAGUGACGUCUCGGAAUGCCUCUAAAAGUGAAACGCUGGCUGUCGCGGGUGACCCAGGGAAUCAAACUGCUGACGAGGCAUCAACAACCGUAUCGAGUACUGGAGGAAGGACGACCAUCGUCACUGAUACCACAAGGUACCUGACAAAUCAGCAAAUAAAUGAUUUAAUGCCAGAAGCUGAACACCAGGAGCAACUGAUGCAACACAAGGCCAAACAGCAGGAACACCUGAUGCCGCUCAAGGCCAAACAGCAGGAACACCUGAUACAGCUCAAGGCCAAACAGCAGGAGCAACGUCUGCAACACAAGGCCAAACAGCAGGAACAACUGAUGCAACACAAGGCCAAACAGCAGGAACAAGUGAUACAGCUCAAGGCCAAACAGCAGGAACAACUGAUGCAACACAAGGCCAAACAGCAGGAACACCUGAUACAGCUCAAGGCCAAACAGCAGGAACAACUGAUGCAACACAAGGCCAAACAGAAAGAACAAAACGUAACAACAGUAGAUUCCAGUGCCCCUGAAAAAGAAACCACUCAAGGUCAAACACCAUCAACAGUACCUGCAAACCACGAAGAAAUAACUGUCACACCCCAUGCACCUGAAAUCGAAACAGAAGCGUCAUCAACACCUAAUGGCAAAACAACAGAAGGAUCCAAUGUGCUUGAAGCCAAAACAACACCAAACGCACCUAAAGGUGAAACCACACUGGAGCCCACUGCGUAUCAGGAGGUAACCUCUCUCGAACAAAAGCAAACAACAGUGCCACAUGCAAGUAAAAGCGCAGAACCACUGACAACUCUAUCUGGAGGUGAAACAACAGGUACCGCACCUGCCACCCAAACCACAGCCACUCCGGCCUCCCAGGUCCAUAUCCCUAAUCAGCCCGCCUCCUCAACUACGAUGGCCAGGGUGUCCAAUGCUAAUACAGCAAAUAAGUUUGAAAACAUGACGUUAGAAAGAGCUCGGGCAGUUUUGUCAGGUAGUGUUGAAACCUGUCCAUACGAGCUAGUCCUUGCUGUUUUGAAACUAGACGAAUAUAACGCUUCAUCGGCCGAGUCAGGUACCAGUGGACACUCAAAAAAGACUAACGAAACUGAAACCGUUGCAGCGCAAGACAAAUCGUCAAACACAACCGAUGCUGCUCUAUGCGAAUCGUCAAGCACAACCGUUGCUACAGAAGGGGAAUCGUCAAGCACAACCGUUGCUACAGAAGGAGAAACGUCAAGCACAACCGUUGCAACCCUAGGCGAAUCGCCAAGCACAACCGUUGCUACAGAAGGAGAAACGUCAAGCACAACCGUUGCAGCUCAAGGUGAAUCGCCAAGCACAACCGUUGCUACUAAAGGCGUAUCUUCAAGCACAACCGUUGCGACCCAAGGCGAAACGUCAAGCACAACCGUUGCUACAGAAGGAGAAACGUCAAGCACAACCGUUGCUACCCAAAGCGAAACGUCAAGCACAACCAAUGCUACACAAGGCGAAACGUUAAGCACAACCGUUGCAGCCCUAGGCGAAUCGCCAAGCGCAACCGUUGCUGCUAAAGGCGUAUCUUCAAGCACAACCGUUGCUACCCAAGGCGAAACGUCAAGCACAACCAAUGUUACACAAGGCGAAACGUCAAGCACAACCGUUGCAGCCCUAGGCGAAUCGCCAAGCACAACCGUUGCUACUAAAGGCGUAUCUUCAAGCACAACCGUUGCGACCCAAGGCGAAACGUCAAGCACACCCAAUGCUACACAAGGCGAAACGUCAAGCACAACCGUUGCAGCUUCCCAACCCGUUUCUUCUGUGACAUCAGCACAAACGACAUCAUCACCACCAGUUAUAACCAAUGCUACCCAAGGUGAAAUAUCAAGCACAACCACGACAGCUCUCGAUUUCCACCCUUCUGAGGCAUCAGGAACAACGACAUCUUCAGCACCAGGCACACCGACUGCUACUCAAAAUGAAAAGUCAAGUACAACCAUUCCUUCUGAGACAUCUUCACUGUCAGACAAAACCACUACUGCCCAUGACCAAACCACAACCGCACCUUCUGCACCAGCUGAAAUAACAGGUGCAACAACUUCACCUCAUGGCCAAUACCAAACUUCAGCGAGCCCGUCAGGUACUAUAGGAAUCUCAACGCAGCUUCCUACAGCUGCUGCCACCGAGGUACCAGAGAAAUCAUCCAAUAUAGACACGACGUCACGAUCAACAAACUCAUCUCAAACUUCAAGUACUUCCAGCAUUACAACCAGCACCAAAACAACGUCCACUAUGAACAAAUCUUCAAAUAGUCUCAGCUCCAGUACCAUGGUAGAGGGGGCUACCACAGAGCUUCCCACACCACCAGCGUCCACAGCGACAACUGAAGCCAACGUUGCCACAACACUGACACCUGGAGCUUUUGAUGUCACUGGUACAACGUUCACUUCCGGGUCAACGCAAACUGGCCUCAUUUCGAAUGGUGUGACCUCAGGCUCUUCCGGUUCGACCACUAUACUAACAGGCUCAACUCUUCCUGCCAGUUCCACUGAACAAUCUGGAACCGGGACAAUCCAGACAGGCUCAAUCGGUUCCACAACAGGCCACGUAGUUUCGACAGAUCAUACCAGUUCCACUGAACAAUCUGGAACCGGUUCAAUCCAGACAAGUUCCAUCGGAUCAACCACUGGCCAUGCCAGUUCCACACACCAAUCCGGUUUUGUCCACACAGGCACACUUGGCUCAACGAUGAACCAUGCAGUUUCGACAGAUCAAUCCAGUUCCACACACCAAUCCGGAACCGGUUCAGUCAACACAGGCGCACUUGGCUCAACGAUGAACCAUGCUGUUUCGACAGAUCAAUCCAGUUCCACACACCAAUCUGGAACCGGUUCAGUACACACAGGCACACUUGGCUCAACGAUGAACCAUGCAGUUCCGACAGAUCAAUCCAGCUCUGUACAACAAUCUGGAACCGGUUCAGUAGACACAGGCACACUUGGCUCAACGAUGAACCAUGCAGUUUCGACAGAUCAAUCAAGUUCUACACACCAAUCUGGAACCGGCUCAGUACACACAGGCACACUUGGCUCAACGAUGAACCAUGCAGUUUCGACAGAUCAAUCCAGCUCUGUACAACAAUCUGGAACCGGUUCAGUACACACAGGCACACUUGGCUCAACGAUGAACCAUGCAGUUUCGACAGAUCAAUCCAGCUCUGUACAACAAUCUGGAACCGGUUCAGUACACACAGGCACACUUGGCUCAACGAUGAACCAUGCAGUUUCGACAGAUCAAUCCAGCUCUGUACAACAAUCUGGAACCGGUUCAGUACACACAGGCACACUUGGCUCAACGAUGAACCAUGCAGUUUCGACAGAUCAAUCCAGCUCUGUACAACAAUCUGGAACCGGUUCAGUUCACACAGGCACACUUGGCUCAACGAUGAACCAUGCAGUUUCGACAGAUCAAUCCAGUUCCACACCCCAAUCCGGAACCGGUUCAGUACACACAGGCACACUUGGCUCAACGAUGAACCAUGCAGUUUCGACAGAUCAAUCCAGUUCCACACCCCAAUCCGGAACCGGUUCAGUACACACAGGCACACUUGGCUCAACGAUGAACCAUGCAGUUUCGACAGAUCAAUCCAGUUCAACGACUGCUCACACAGGUUCCGCUACAUCCACAGGCGGUGCCAUAGAUUCAGCGUCUGACCCGAACCACGUUUACGCUGUGCCUCCAAAUACAAACUCUGUUCCAGACAAGACAAGUAUUGUUAAGGACAUCACUGGUUUCAAUGCUGACAAUACGAUCGUUGUUGGAUCCUUGUACAAACCUGAAAACACCAAGACAGGUGGGGACUCAGUUGUAACUGAUCUGAAUGGUCAGAAGCAUGUUGUUUGGAGUCCAAAUGACUGGCACGCAUCUUCUAGUGGUACUGUGGGAGAGACACAUACCCAUAGCCACACCCACUCUCACAUCCAGACCGAUACUGUAGGCACCGCACAAAACACUGGGAAUGUAUUCUCAACAUCUGCAAUAAUCCCUGUCCAAUUAGCCCGUGCUCCCUUGCCAUCACAUCUAUCCCAGAAUGAAGUCUCUUCGGACAAGUCUGUUGUAGGUGAAAAAGCAUCCGCAUCAAGCGGUUCUGGCGCUGUUAGCGGAUCAGGCUCUGCAACCGUGUCAUACCCUACCACAGUAUCAGCCUCUACCAGUGGUUCAAGCACAACAACCACAUCAAAACUCACAAAAGGUUCAGGCACAACGAUUGCAUCAAGUUCUACCAUCGGUUCUGUUACUGGAUCAAGCUCAACUUCCAACAAUUCAAGCUCUAGUAGCAGCUCAGGCUCUACCAAUUCCGCAACUGGAACCAGCUCUUCUGACAGUUCUGGCUCUACAGCCGGUUCAGGCUCAACUAGCAGUUCAGGAACAUCAAGUGGAUCUAACUCAGGAACCGGAUCUAUCACUUCAAGUUCUACUGGCGUAUCAGGCUCUGUCAGAGGAUCAGUUUCCACUGCCCAAUUCAACUCCGCCAGCGGUUCAAGCUCUAUCAGAAAUUCAGGGGCCACAUCUGGAUCAGGCCCCGAAACUGGAUCAAGCUCUAUCAGCGGUUCAGACACAACAAUUGCCUCAAACGCAUCGACUGAAUCAAUCUCUACCAGCGGAUCAGGCUCCACAACUGGAUCGAGCACAACCAUUGGAUCAGGCUCAAACUCAGGAUCAAAUUCCAUGGUUGGAUCCAUCUCUACUAUCGGAUCCAGUUCUACCAACGGUUCAUCGUCCACAACUGGAUCCAGCGCUAACAGCGGUUUAGUCGCUGCAACUGGAUCCAGCCGUAACAGCGGUUCAGACUCUGCAACUGGAUCCAGCUCUACGAGCAGUUCAGCUUCCAUAACUAGAUCCAGCUCUAACAGCGGUUCAGCCUCCACAACUGGAUUCAGCUCUAACAGCGGUUCAGCCUCAACAACUGGAUCCAGCUCUACCAUCGGUUCAGCCUCCACAACUGGAUCCGGCUCUACCAGCGGUUCAGCUUCCAUAACUGGAUCCAGUUCUACCAGCGGUUCAGACUCCAAAACUGGAUCCAGCUCUACCAUCGGUUCAGCCUCCACAACUGGAUCCAGCUCUACCAGCGGUUCAGCCUCCACAACUGGAUCCAGCUCUACCAGCGGUUCAGCCUCCACAACUGGAUCCAGCUCUACCAGCGGUUCAGCCUCCACAACUGGAUCCAGCUCUACCAGCGGUUCAGCCUCCACAACUGGAUCCGGCUUUACCAGCGGUUCAGCCUCCAAAACUGGAUCCAGCUCUACCAGCGGUUCAGACUCCAUAACUGGAUCCAGCUCUACCAUCGGUUCGGCCUCCACAACUGGAUCCAGCUCUACCAGCGGUUCAGCCUCCACAACUGGAUCCAGCUCUGCCAGCGGUUCAGCCUCAACAAGUGGAUCCAGCUCUAUCAGCGGCUCAGCCUCCACAAGUGGAUCCAGCUCUACCAGCGGUUCAGCCUCCACAACUGGAUCCAGCUCUACCAGCGGUUCAGCUUCAACAAGUGGAUCCAGCUCUACCAGCGGUUCGGCCUCCACAACUGGAUCCAGCUCUACCAUCGGUUCAGCCUCAACAAGUGGAUCCAGCUCUACCAGCGGUUCGGCCUCACCAAGUGGAUCUAGCUCUACAACGGGUUCAGGAUCUCCCACAGGUGCAGGUUCUUUAAGCACUUCAGGCAGUACUGCUGGUUCAGGCACUAUUAGCAGUUCAGGCUCCACAACUUUUGGGUCCAGCAGAAGCAACGGUCCCUUGAAUGGUCCUUGGAGUGACAUGAACUCCAUUUUCGGGUUCAUGCCUAUUAUUGCAGGACGUCACGACAGCUCUGGUGCUUCAGUGUUUUCCAACGAUAUAAGCAACGCCCCAGUUCCAGACCCACAGAGUGCUGCCAACACAAAGGUUGUUAACACAGUAUCGAUAGAAGGACUUGCCCAGUUGAAUAGUAUGGCAAACCCAUCUGACCUUGUACCAUCAGAAAUGUCUCACAUACCCGUUGUACCAACACCAGACAGGUUAUCAAUGAUGCCCAACGUCAACAAAGACCCUGCUUAUAACCUGACACCAUUGUCGUCGGCAACAUCUUCAUCUUCAUCAACAAACCAGCGAGCAUCAAUCCAUUCAACUGCAAGCCAAAUAUCUUCCUCUAACCAAACUGCACAUGCAUCUAAAACUGAUACGUCAGCAGUUAACGGUGGUACAACAUCAGCUGCAAGUGGUUCAGCCUCAUCCCAGAGUAGUUCUACGUCCUCGCAGGGUGAUGCAUCAUCAUCCCAGAGCGGCAUGGUACCAUCACAAAGCGGUACUGCUUCCUCACAGAGCGGUUCAGCGGCCUCUCAGAGCAGUUCAACAUCACACAGUGGCUUGACAUCACAGAGCGGUUCAACGUCACAGACUGGCAUGGCGUCACAGAGCGGUUCAACGUCACAGAGUGGUAUGGCGUCACAGAGCGGUUCAACAUCACACAGUGACUUGACUUCACAGAGCGGUUCAACGUCACAGAGUGGUAUGACAUCACAGAGCGGUUCAAUGUCACAGAGUGGUAUGACAUCACAGAGUGGUUCAGCAUCACAGAGUGGUAUCACAUCACAGAGCGGUUCAGCAUCACACAGUGGCUUGACCUCACAGAGCGGUUCAACGUCACAGAGUGGUAUGACAUCAUCACAGAGCGGUUCAACGUCACAGAGUGGUAUGACAUCAUCACAGAGUGGUUCAGCCUCACAGAGCGAUCUUAUAUCAAUGUCAUCACAGAAUGAUUUAACACCGUCUUCAUCACCAUUUGAAAGUAACUCAAAGCAAACAUCCCUAACUGACUCUGAACAAUCCGUAUACGUCCAACCAUCCAAAACCGACAAAAACAACAAUCUCAAAGACGUCUCUGGUGCCAAUGUAGAUAAUGUAAUCCACCCAGGAAUUGUCUUAAAGGACGUUAAGCAAGGAAAAUAUGAACAGAAUUUUGGAACAUCAUCAGGUAUGGCGGGCACGUCAAGCUUGCAAAAUACCCAAACAGCAGCAUCGCAUACCGACUUACGCACGUCAGGAUCCAACAGUGUCUUACAUGCAAACCAACCACCAACAGGUACUGCUCCCGAUACUUCUAGGAUCACCCUAACGCCUACCUUUGAAGCGGACUCGGGAUCUGUCGCUGUAACACACACGGCAUUGGUUGGACCAACUGCAGGAGGUUCUGGUCACACAAAUGCUCCUCUCUCGUCUGAUACAGCCUCAGCAACUACAUCUGCUUCAGAGCCUGCCUUGAAUGCACAAUCUCAAGGUGGUCCUGAGGUUGUUUAUGCAUCACCUAGUCACAUUUCCAGUUUACUUUAUUCAAGUGCGGCUUCUGUACUAAAGGAUGGGUCAACUGCCCAUCCUUCAUUGUCCACUGUGGCGCCAGAACAAGCAUUAAACACUGCCACACAACCGUCUGUCACUGCCAGUGACGUCGCUAAACCAGGAGCCUCACCGAACUACGAUGCCACGCAACAAGCCGCCACUGGCAGUAAUGACGGCACACAAGUUUCAAUAACCAACGUUGCUGGCACACAACAAGCUUCAACAACGAACGUGGCUGGCACACAACAAGCUUCAACAACGAACGUUGCUGGCACACAACAAGCUUCAACAACCAACUAUGCUUCCACACAACAAGCUGUCGCUGGCAGUAAUGACGCCACACAACAAACUGCAGCAAGCAGUAAAGACGCCACACAACAAGCUUCAACAACGAACGUUGCUGGCACACAACAAGCUUCAACAACGAACGUUGCUGGCACAGAACAAGCUUCAAGUACGAACGUUGCUGGCACACAACAAGCUUCAACAGCAAACGUUGCUGGCACACAACAAGCUUCAACAACAACAACGUUGCUGGCACACAACAAGCUUCAAAUACAAACUGCCGCUGGCAGUAAUGACGACGCUGGCACACAACAAGCUUCUACAACGAACGUCGCUGGCACACAACAAGCUUCAACAACGAACGUUGCUGGCACAAUGACGUCACACAACAAGCUUCUACAACGAACGUCGCUGGUACACAACAAGCUUCAACAACAAACGUUGCUGGCACCCAACAAGCUUCAACAACCAACUAUGCUUCCACACAACAAGCUGCCGCUGGCAGUAAUGACGUCACACAACAAGCUUCUACAACGAACGUCGCUGGUACACAACAAGCUUCAACAAUGGACGUCGCUGGCACCCAACAAGCUUCAACAGCCAACUAUGCUUCCACACAACAAGCUGCCGCUGGCAGUAAUGAUGCCACACAACAAGCUGUCGCUGGCAGUAAUGAUGCCACACAACAAGCUUCAACAAUGGACGUUGCUGGCACACAACAAGCUUCAACAGCCAACUAUGCUUCCACACAACAAGCUGUCGCUGGCAGUAAUGACGCCACACAACAAGCUUCUACAACAAACGUCGCUGGCACCCAACAAGCUUCAACAGCCAACUAUGCUUCCACACAACAAGCUGUCGCUGGCAGUAAUGAUGCCACACAACAAGCUUCUACAACGAACGUCGCUGGCACCCAACAAGCUUCAACAACAAACGUUGCUGGCACACAACAAGCUUCAACAAUAA